GCUGUUGCAAAAUGUCGCCAACCAAGCCUUGCCCACCAGCAAUGUCGCCGACCAAGCCAAUGACACCGACAACCAAGACGCCGCAGAAGGCUCUCGACCGCAGCGUGCGCACGCGGAGCCAGUUUCACAUCACGUUCCCGUCGAAAGCGUUCCUAGACUUGGAGACGCCAGAGCCGGUGGCGCGAACGGGCUGGGGGAGCCCGAAUGCAAUCCCCUAUCGCCCGCUAGGGAAGCCUGAUCUACACAUGAAAUUGUCCCCAAAUUUGCGCUCGCCCCAUGUGCUCAAUGAAAGCCAGCACACCCCGACGAAGAGCGCAGAGCUUCGAGCAGAGGCUUCGACCCACUACAAGCUCGACUUUUCCAAAGAAAAGGGGGACUGCUACGCCUUGCCGCAGUACUCGCCAAGUCACAUCAUUCAUCUACAGUGCCCGCACCGCUCGACGCACGACCCAUCGUUCGCAAUGCUCACACAAGCUAUUCACGAAGGAACUGCGCGUCGCUGCUGCGUUAAGUACGGCGCGUCUGUUUUUAGCCAUGCCAUCGUGCCCAAAACGCCGAGCGACGUCGAGCGAACGACAAGCCAGGGUGAGGCGAUGCCGUACCUGCCAUACACGACGCGAAAGCCUCAGGUACCGUCGGUGCCACAGCUGCCAUCGUUUCUCGAGUUUCGGGCCAAAACCGAGUCAGAAGCACAUACACUGACCAAGAGCCAUGCAAUGAGUGCGUCGCAAGCAAUGCUCGAGAAUACUACACUCUCAAAGGCCAGCGGCACAAGCUUGAGUCUCCCAAACGAACCUCCUCGGCGUUCCACAUAUGUGGCCGACCUCGCGCAGUCGCUGGACAGCUUGGUGCCAACUACGUCGGGACUGGGGGCGAGCGCGAGCAAGUCCAGCUUGAACUCGUUUGUGGCACUGCACUUGCUGGGCCGAGAUCAUAACAACACGGGAAGCAACCCGAUACCCACCCAUGGAAACAAUGAUAACCGAUCGCCACACGGCGUUGAGCGACUUCAGGACAUCGUGCGAGCCCGCGAGCGCACCAAGCAAGUGUUUUCGCAGCAGCUUCUCGUCCUUCUUCGUGCGCUUGCCAACGAUCGUUGGCAAAACUUUUGCCUCAAGUUUACACACUUCAAGCUCCAGCGCGACCUGCCGGGUGAUCUCUUUGCGAUGCGCGAGCGUGCUGAAGCCGACCGCCAAGAUCGCAUCCACGUCGCCGUCGAGGACUCGACAUGGUUCACGGGCUAUCUCUCACUGGUGCUCAAGUUUACACCCACCGGCUCUUCGCCAGCUCCAGCGCUUCUUUUUCUCGCCAAUAGCAUUCGAGAUAGUGUGAACCAAGGCCACGAGUUCCAACCCGGUCUCCUCCUGGGUCUCGUGCUUUGCCUCUACGAGGACGAGCUCGAAGCGGACGCGACACAGACGGCGCUAAAGUUUCUGCGGUCGGCUGCGGGUGUACCCCUGGGCGACUGGGAGCGCUUCUUUGAGAGUGCGAACUUGCCACCACCUAUCGAGGUCGUCAACCAACGUCGGGUCGACUCGCAAGGCAAGGGCAAGCACAUGCGCAUGAAGAACUUGGUGAAGACAGCGGGCAUGAUGUCCCACCUCAAAAGCCCAGUGACGAGCGAAGACUAGGAUGGGCCAGCGAAACAACAAUGAUUGGUUGAGUGUGCGUGGGCUUUGCAACGAACGGGCGGAUUUAAGUUAUCGC